CGUAAAAUUCAUGCUAUCACCUAUCAUAUUUCAUGUUACACGACCAAGGACAAGGAAAAAUGUAUUCCGACAAGCCUGAUAACUAUUUAGUUAGUAAACAGCUUCUUCCCAAAUGAUCCACCUAAUUAUGAUAACUGUGUCUGCCGCAUUGGUAGGCACGGUAUUUUGUGAUUGCAAAGGAGAAAGUAGUGGUGUUCAUCGUAUAAAUAAUUGUAAAGGGACUCUUUAUGGUGGUAGUGGUGGCGUUUACUAUAUAACUAAUGGCCCAGGAAAAUUUGUCGCUGGUAGCGGUGGCUCCUACUACGGCGAUGCUGGUGGAGAAGAAUUUACUGCUGGUAGUGGUGGUGAUUAUCAUUUUUCUUCAACCAAAGGAAAGCAUCGAGAGGGCACAGGAGUUGUGACGGGAGGUAGUGGUGGAGUAUACUAUUUACCUCAUGGCUACGGAACAGUGACUGGAGCUAGUGGCGGUGUUUACUAUGGAGAUGCUGGUGGAAAAGGAAUGAUUAAUAGUUCUGGAGGGCAAUUCAUUGUGAGAUCUUCUGGCGACAAAUAAUUGGUCAGAGGACCAAUUUCUGACCUCGAAAUUAAUUCUGAACAUUCUGGAUGGUUUCGAGUUGAUCUAUUCAUCGCGAAAUCAUUUUUGUGUAUGAAAAUAAUUUUUGUGUUGAAACAAUAAACAAACUCCAUGGGAGAAGAAUGUU